AUCGACGCACCCCCUUUCCAGAAAUCACUAAAUCCCUAAAAAGCGAGGCCGUUCCCAUUUCUUCUCUCUCUACUCGGUCUCUCUCUCUCUCUCUCUCUCUCUCUCUCAUCAGCACAGAUUUUUUUUCAGUCUCUACAGAUUCGAGAAGAUGUCGUCGUCCACGGCGGAGAACGGUGGCAAGAAGAUAACGCUGAGGAGUUCCGAUGGCGAGGUUUUCGAGGUGGAGGACGCCGUGGCGGUCGAAUCACAGACGAUCAAGCACAUGAUCGAGGACGAUUGCGCCGACAACGUCAUCCCCCUCCCGAACGUCACCGGUAAGAUCCUCUCGAAGGUCAUCGAGUACUGCAAGCGCCACGUCGACGCCGCCGCCUCCGCCACCAAGGCGGACGACAAGCUCGCCUCCGCCGCGGCCUCCGACGAGGACCUCAAGGUUUUCGAUGCCGAUUUCGUCAAAGUGGACCAGGCCACGCUCUUCGAUCUUAUUCUGGCUGCUAACUACCUGAAUAUCAAGAGCCUUCUGGAUCUGACUUGCCAGACUGUAGCUGAUAUGAUCAAAGGAAAAACUCCCGAAGAGAUCCGCAAGACAUUCAACAUCAAGAAUGACUUCACCCCUGAAGAAGAAGAGGAAGUGCGAAGAGAGAACCAGUGGGCUUUUGAAUAAAGAACAGAAACUCCAUGGAACCAAAAAAAUAUCUGCAGCUCUCGAUUAUGUUUUUUUGCUUGUUUGCAAGACAGAUAAAUUCUCCAGACUUGCUAUUACAUGUAUUUUGAAGUUUGCUUCCUUCUUCUUAGACUGGUUUCUCGAGACUUAUUUCCUUCAUUUCUCUUUUCUUUUGAAGAUUGUCUAUGUUAAUGUGACAUAUUAUUUUGCAUAUUUCAAUUGACGCACCUCGUAUUCCGUAUUUUA